CGGUUCCUCCGGGAUCCGGUUCCCGAGCCGCCGCCGCCAUCUUGGGUCCCGCACGCCGUCCACGUUGAGCGAGGAGGCGGUGGCAGGCGGCUGGAGACGUCUGACGAGACACGCAGACACACACCGCAGGCCCGUCACACAGGCAGCGUGUCUCUCUCUCUCUCUACUCUCGCUCUCUCUCUGUCCACCCUUUAACACCCACAGACAAGCACGCGGUUCGGGCGUGGGGCAAGCGCGUUGCGGGUGCCAUGGCCACCGAAUACAUCAGCGAGCUGGACAGCCGCUUCUUUGCCGACAACCUGCUCAUGAAGGAGGACUGGGAUGGCUGCCUCUAUGACCUGGAAAACAUGGACAUUCCAGACGAUCCCGAAGACCCCUUUGGCAUCCUUCGCGAUCAUUCCCAUAUGGACGAGGACAACGAUAUCGAGCUUAAGCUGGAAUCUCUCUCCCCCUCCUCGUCAUCGUCGUCCUCCAGUGACCCCUGGUCACACGUUUACACCGAAAUUUUCCAAGACGUGCUAAUAAAGGAGGAGCCUCCCUCUCCACCUUCAUCCAACUCGUCCGAGGUCCUCAUCAGCACCGUGGUGGAGUCUUCACAAAAGCAGGCGGCAAGCGCUGCACCGUGCCUCGGAGUGAAGUUGGAGGGGCCGCCAACACCGCCGUACUGUGUGGGGGACAUUCCCUCCCCGCCACGGACGCAGGCUUCAGGCUCCCCACCCAGCCACACCCAGGCCAUCCUGGAGUGGCCCAAACGGGAACCCAAACAUGAGGCUCUUGCACCGGCCACAGGGUUGGUGCCAACUCAGUGCCAGCAGAAGGCACCCCAGUUGCUGCAGUCCAACCUUGCUCUGCCUUCUGGCAUCACUGCAGCACCCAACACCGCCAAAACCCUUAUCCUGCAGCCGGUGACUUCCCUGGUGCCGCAAACCAUCGCUUUCCAGGCAAAGCCUGCUGCCCAACCGGUGGUCCUAUCCACAGGUGGGCUCACUCGCCUGCCAGCCCAGUGCCUUCUCAAGCAGCCGCAGCCUGGACUCGGCCGCACGCAGCUCGCACAUGGACCAUGCAACCUGCCCCCGGGUGGCCUGGCAAACGGACUACCCAAUGGCACAGCUAAUGGCGUUGUUGCCAAGGGAAUGGCCAAUGGCCUGACAACCAAGAUGGCAAACGGGGUGACUGGUACAUCGGUGGCUGGCUUGUGUUCUCCGACGUUUGUGGGCUCCGUGUCUGCUUCUGCGUCGGGCGCCUGCCUGUCACCGCCUGCCAGUACAGCACCACCCACCACUGCUGCCGCCGCCGCCGCUGCCGCCGUCGUCAAGAGGAUCGUGCCCCUACAACCGCCGUCGAGAGACCCGUACGGCAGGGAUGUCGACGUGAAGGUGCUGAAGAGGCAGCAGCGCAUGAUCAAGAACCGCGAGUCGGCCUGCCAGUCCCGGCGCAAGAAGAAGGAGUACGUGACGGGCCUGGAGGCGCGCCUUCGAGACGCGCUGGGCGAGAACGAGCGGCUCCGGAGAGACAACGCGGAGCUCAAGCAGAGGCUGGAAGGGCUGAUAACCGAGAACACCCAGUUGAAAGGAGGCGGCGUAUCGGGCAGACGCGCUGUGUGCGUCAUGGCUCUCUUCUGCUUCCUGGCAUUGACGUGGAGUCCUGGCAGGUUCAUGGAGAGCGACACGGUGCCGCUGGGCGCGGUUCAGCCUCCCGCGGAGCUGACGCUGAGACACGGGCGGCACUUGCUGGCAGUGCCUCGCGAGCCGCCUGCCUUCCACACCCAGCCCCACCCGCACAGCCCCCGCAAGCACCAUGUCUACACGAACAAGACAACAUCCCUGGCCAAUGGAAAAGAGCUGCUGGUAACUGUGAACAGCUCCCUACCCAGCCUCCGGCCACCAUCCUGCCCACACUUCAAUAAGACCGAGUCUCUCCGGCUUGCAGAUGAGUUGAGAGGCUGGGUGUACCGUCACGAGGUGGAGCGCCGCAAAGUGACUAAACGGUGGCAGCCCAAGCCGCCCAGCCCACCGAAAUUCACCACCAAGCGGUCAUCCAUUGGGCGAAUCCUGUCCAUACCUCACCCUGACGCCACCAGGGCAAUGCCCUCCAAUCAGCUUCAGCUGUAUGGAGGCCCGGCGCAGGGAUACAUAGACUUCCUGGAGGCGAUUGACAGACAAGAUGACACCUUCUACGUUGUGUCCUUUAGCCGGGAUCAUCUGCUGCUGCCCGCUAUGAGCCACAACAAGACACGGAGACCCAAGAUGUCUUUGGUCAUGCCGGCAAUGGCUCUCAACGACUCGCUGGUGGACGCUGGCCCGGCCGGCUACGAGACGAUGAUGCAGGUGGACUGCGAGGUGACCAACACGCGCAUUGUGCGCAUCCGCAGCUCCUCGGUGCCGCCCAGCCUACGUCGAGCGUCCCACGACAACGCCACGGGUUCCUACUCCACCAACAAGGACACGAGUCCGCAGGACCCCACUCACAGGGGGGACGAGCCGCCCUUGCGCACGAGAGCGGCCCUCUCAAGGCGGCGGCUCGAACGGGCGGCUUCCCAGAACGCCUCGGAUGCCUACAGGAAUGCUCAGGUCCCCGUGAGCAUCGACGGGGAGGGCGACUUUUAGGGCGCGAACGAUUUUAAAUUAUUUUCACGUCGUUUGUUAUACACGUCACCCAAAGGAGUCCCCCACAACAAUCACCUUUGAAAAAGAUAUGAGGAGCCGAGUGCCCAAAAUGACUGUAUUUCAGAAGGAAAGACAAUUUUGGGUAAUUUUUUCUCAAAAUGUUUACAACAGGCAUUGAUGUUAAUGCAGCAGCACCGCGGACACCCGUAUGUCAGGCUGUAAGAACCCUGCACAGUUCCCCACGUCGGUGCAUACAGCUGCGUUGCGUUAGCCAACCAGGAACACCGCAUUUUCGUCAAUUAACUGUUAAUAGCAUUUAAUAUGCAAAGCGCUUUGGAAAUAUUUCUCAGUAUAUAUUUUAGAAAGCUACUCAUGUCACCUCCUCCCAGAAUCAUGAGAAAUACGUUGGCAUUUUAUGCAAUGCUCCAAUCCCCGACCGAGACAUUUGAGGGUGAUUCCCUACUGCGUUUAACCAACACAGCUGUAAAUUCUGGAUAGGUCAGCUAUACUUGGUGACCCUAUGAACUUUCCACUGUGCAGUGAGAAGAAAUGCAGGACAUUAAACAAUUUUAUGCAUUCACCUAACUCGUAAUCCUGACACAGCGCGCAUUUCAGUUGUCAUCAAUAAAUUUCACCAAUGGCAAAUUGCUUACCAUGGGUAAAUUCCCCCACCCAUUAGAACUCCCUCUAUGAUGCUGUCAGAGACCGUAGCUCUGCCAAUUGUUAAUGAAUGCGAAUUUACUUUAUUCACAAUACACAUCAGAGACCUGUCUAGGACCAAGUGUACUACAGCCCGCAUUGCCCAUCGGCCUUUAUAUCUGAGGUGCGCACAUUGCCUCCCCUAUAAUCAUUGACCACUGGCUUGGUUUGUGUCACCCGGCUUCAUCUGGCAUUAUCUGUUGUACAUUACUGUCCGAUAGUGUGCGACUUACUGGCUGCAACAUUAACUGGCAUGUCAUGUGUAUGUACUGUUAAUAUUAUUCGUUAUAUGCCUAUUAGCUUAAUAGAAACAUGAAUCACUUUUUUAAUUAUUUAAAAAUAUACACAUAGAAUAUUUGAUCCAGUUGUAUGCAGACGUUAGUCCAUACUAGGAUAGCAUACAUAUACAUUGUGUAUAUAUGUAUGUGGAUCAUGUAUGCAUAUGUGUGUGUGUCCAUUUACAUACAUAUUUUUUGCAUAUAAUAAUGUUGGCCAGAUUUCGCCUGUGGAUUAUACUGCUUGUCAUGACUUCCCAGUCUGACUAUUUUUGUUGUCUUUGUUGGAAUAUUGUAGAGGUUAUAAAUAUUUAUACAUGAUUAUUUUCCCUCUGACCUAUAGUAGGUAUAUGUAGUACUUAGUCGUUAGCAUUGCAAAGGGAAUAAAUGCUAACGGGUCCAAUUAUUUGUUCUGCAAUAGAAACCAAAAUUAUGGCGACUGCUUCAGAAUUUGGUGUGGGAAAUGAUUUAUUCAAAUGGUUUUGUUUUUAAUUUAACGUCUAGUUUUUGUUUUGUCCCUUACAGUACUUAAAUGCUGCACUGACGUUUAAAAAAAAACUGAACGUUGGGCCAAUAUGACGGGAUACUUUUUCAUGAGAAGCAUAGGCUCAAUGAUUAAUUAAUUGUAUUAACCCAUUCCUGCUCUCAGCGCAAUCUGCACUCAGCCUGCGAAAGCCAAUGUCUUGUGCCCCCUUUGCUCCUAAUACGGCACACGUGAAACCAAUGCAAUGCAAAGUGUCUUGAGGAGAGAGUCCCUUUCAUGAUGUUUGAGCUAUUUAGAGUUGGUGGUGGAAAUCGAGUCUCCCAAGGAUUAACCACUGUUGACUUCCCGCAAAGUGAUACUCAUUUUUAUCAGCCCCCAGAUAAAUGAUGGGCUGAUUGUUGACUGUAAUAUGACCUCCGUGACCUUCCAAUUGAGUUGCGCUCUUGCCACAGUGCCACCUACCCAGAUGACCCAUGAUGGUUUCUGUACGUUUUGAGAAAGUGGCUUCUGUCCAAUGUUUUAGAAGUGUUGCUCUUGAGUCCGUUUUAAAGUUUUGAAUGGGGCUUGCAACGUUCAUAUCUAUUGAGUGACACUUUUCAUUGGAAUAUUGAUGAGACUAGUUUGUCAAGGGUCACGCUUUAGGAAGUGUGCAUCGUUGUGAUUACAAUUGCUGGACUCCCUUGUAUGACCAACUCGCCCGGAAUGCGUCAGACCUCGGAAGUUAAGUGGAAUUAAGCCUGGAUAGUGCUUGGAUGGGAGAUCGAGCUGGCGACCUCUGGGUUGCAAGUCCAGUGAGCAAACCGUUACACCAGGGCAGCAUCCAAUAUGCUCUGUACGUUUUUGAAUGUGUCACUGAAGUUUUGUUGAGAAAACAUUAAAAUUAGUUAUAAUGAACUAGCAACUGAUGGUUGUGUAUGAUUUCCAUUGUUAUUGAUCUGACUGUUUCUAACUAUUUAACGAACCAAGUAAAUACAUGUAACCCCAAUGAAUUUACGAUCGAAACUUAGAUUAAUUAUUUACAAUUUUGAAGUAAAAUGUAGCCACAUUACACAUCUUUUGCAUUGACUGUGACACACAGAUGGCAACUAAGCAAUAACGUGCCAGAAUUUGUCGACUGAAGGGUGGCUGUCUAGUCGGCACAACUAUAAAUAAGCCUGAUGAGAAAAUCACUCUCUUCUUCAUAGCCACGGUCAAUGUACUGCUGGAUGAAGACCUCACCAAGCCACCACCACCUCUUAUCAACCUGUGAUGUAAUAAUCCACCUAACACCUUUACCCGAAUUGAUUUCACUGCUUUAUCUCCUUGGUGGAUGCCAUUUCUCAGACGCUUUUCUCUUCACGUGUGUCACAUUACAUCGCUAUUUUCCAAACACUUUCCCCCCCCCCAUAAAUAUACUUUUGUUGGCACAUUGAUGCACCGUGUGAAGUGUAUCGGUUCAACAUGUCUUGAGUUAAAUGUAUUGAACAUUUCCGACGGUCAUUUUUUCUGAUGAUAAAAAUCAGUCUAAACAUGCUGCACAUUACUAAAUAAUGUAAGCAUUUUUUAAGUGUGUGACGGUAUAGUUAUUUAAAUUAACAUUUACUCUGUUGAAAAACAGACGACGAGAACAAUGUUAUGGAGCUCUAGAUAUAAAAUAUGGUAGUUUGCGACAAUUGGCUAAUCUAUUUUUCAGAAGCAUUGUUAUAAGCGUAUCACCAAAUGUUUUGUUCUAUCCUUUUUUCACAUUUUGUUCAGAAACUUAUUUUUUUUUUAAAGAAUAUGCCAAGUGCUUGUUAAAACCUAAUGUUUUUCACGUGAUAUUUAUGGAUUGCGUUGAGUAAAGAAAAGGGUUUGUGCGACCUA